CCCCAAACCCUAACCAUGCGAAUACAUGAUUAAGGUAUAAAUUCACUUAGAUGACAAUAAAUAGUUUAAAAAAAGAAAAUUCAUUAACACGUUCAAAACAUCCUUUUGAAACAGAUGAAGAGAUCUGCAGAUUUAGUCCACCAACCGACAACUGCACUGAAUUAUGACCACCCCAAGAAUGCUUGACACAUCUUUCUCACUCUUCUGGUAUUUCUUUACAUUGAAAGUAAAAAUCACUGGUACAGAGAUUUCAAAUUUUUAAUAAAGAAGAAGAAAAAAAUUAUAGAGGAAUGGCAGGCGGAAGGAAGCCAAUAAUGGUGGGUUUGUUUGUGGCUAUGGCAAUAGGAUUUGCCAUUUACUUGAGGCUUUGGACUCUCGAUUACUCUGUUUCAUCUGCUGACAACGAAUUGCUCAGGAGACAAUUUGAUCUUGCGAAUAAGGAGGCAAUGGAUGAAUCUGCAGAAUGGAGACGUAGAUAUGAUACAGAGGUUGUAAAGGUUAACAAGUGUUCAAAGGAGCUUAGCGAGGUUAAGAGCAGUUUAGAGAAGCAAAUGGAGGAUUCUGUUAGCCUUAACGCAAAACUGUCAAUGCUCCAAAAGGAAAACACUGCAUUGGUUGAACAGUUGGAAGUCUUAAAUAAACAGCUAGUGACAGCAAAGUUGAAGUGCGCCAAGUUAUAGGAUAAUUGAUUCCUGAAACUUUAAUAUUGGGCUGAGUAGAUUUUUCUGUUGCUUUCUAGCUGUUGUCUGAGAAACAUUAUUGGGUCACAAUUUUUGCUGAGUUUACAGCUUACAAUCACUACAGGAACAAGCCGUUUAAUUAAGAUGCAAUGUGAUUGUACUAGCCAUGUACAGGAUCAAUGAGGUAUAAAAACUGUUGCCCUUUUCAUGAGUAAAA